CUCAACUUCAAGAUUCAGAAUUCACUGGCAGGCUUGUCGCGCAGAGAAGGAUCAGCAGGCAAAGGGUGGUUGCUGGAACACUGGUUGCUGAAUUGGAGCGUCUGCAGAUAUAGUUGUGAACGAGAAGCAACGGGAGCCAUGGCUAAGGGACCUGCUUUCUUUGGUGACAUUGGGAAGCAGACCAAGGACUUGUUGACCAAGGACUUCACGACCGAGCAGAAGGUCACCAUCAACUCCACCACCUCCACUGGUCUGGUUCUCUCUUCCACUGGCACAAAGAAGGGAGAGGCAGCAUUGGCAGAGGUCAAGGCCUGCUACAAGAAAAACAAUCUGCAGACUGAAUGGAAGAUUGACUCGGCGUCAAAGAUUCACACGACCACGACCGUCAAUGACCUGGCGCCAGGGCUAAAAGCCAUCAUCAAGGGUACCAUCCCUGACUCGCAGUCGGGCAAGUUUGACAUCGAGUAUGUGCGCGGCCUUGUGGGGCUGAAGGGGAGCAUUGGUUUGAAGCAGUCACCAGUCGCAGAGGGGUCCAUUGCCAUCGGAAAGGAUGGCGUUCUGGUGGGAGGCGAGGGUGCUUAUGACACCAACAAGGGCGAAGUGACCAAGUACACUGCAGGGGUUCAGUACUCGCAAAAGGAUUUCUCUGCAGCUGCGAUCCUCGCGGACAAGGGCAACAAACUGACGGCCAGCUACUAUCACUCGGUGAAUGUGGAUACGGCAGUCGGGGUUGAGGUCGCCCACAAGUUUGAUGAUAAUGCGAACACCUUCACCGCCGGCACUGCUUACCGGCUGGAUCCCCUCACGCUUACAAAGAUGCGGCUCGACAACCAUGGAAAGCUCGCCGCUCUCAUACAACACGAGUGGAGGCCGAAGAACACCUUCACGGUCUCUUCAGAGGUUGACACAAAGGCAAUGGAGAAGAGCGCCAAGGUCGGUCUUGCUCUCAACAUUGUGCCCUAGAUUUGUGACCUCUAAAGCCCUGUAUGUACAAGCCUUUGGAAGCCUAUCACAUAUGAAGCUUGUGAAAUAGAGUUCGAUUCCGUUCCUCGUGUCGCUGUAAGUACUUCCAGUCGGCCUGGUCUUGUUGACUAAUUCAUUGGUCCGAGCAUGAGUCCAAAUGAUUGUGUUGACAUCAUGGGCAGAAGAGAAUGCAAUAAGGUCCCUGCCCUUGCCCUCCAGGAUCUUUCACACCGUUGAUGCAUCAUUGAUGUAUUGUAUGUUUCCCGCUCAG